AUGCACUUCCUCACAACCAUCCUCCUCAGCGCCACAUCGGCUCUUGCCGCACCUCUAUCCAUGGCAGCCCCCAACGCAGCCGAAUGGACCAUAACCUCGCUAUCCCGCAAAUGCGACACCGCAGACACAUCCUGCGUAUGGGCCUUCGGCGUAAACACCGGCGAGGAUGGCGUCGAAGCAACACCCGUCGCUAACUACACCGUCGUAGCUACCAACGACGCACCCGCUAGCCGAGCCAUCGGUGCCGCGCAGGUAUUCGGUAACUUCACUGUGACGAGUACCUGGAGCGGGCAGUUUGGUGAUGGUGAGGGGUUCACUACGUUGAGUGUUGUGGAUUAUGGAAAGGGUUUGAUUGUCUACCCUGCUUACAAGGACACCCAGCUCGUCAAUGGUACUACCGUCACACCUGACCAGAGCUACCCCGUCCAGAACUUGCCUUAG